AUGCGUGAACUGGUCCAAGAGGGCCGGGUGGAUGUGCACAGGCGGUUCGAAGCCCUUGGGCAUGGUCCUCGCCGUGUCAGGCACGACCACAUCGGCGGUGCAGGCAGUGUCGCUGGCCGAGCAGUUCUCCAUGGAGCGGAACUCUCUGCUGUAUUUGGCCGUCACCCCUUCGAGGUCUUGAUAGAUGUCCUCGGCACUUACUGCCUGGGUGCAGGCUUGUGUGAUGUCGUGCUUCUUGGCCUCAAAGCACGCGGCCUCGUCUGCCUUGGCGUCGUGGACAUUGUUCACCUGACCCGGCACGGCCGUGCUGGCGGUUCUAGGGGUGCCCGGCCUGUCGCCCAGCGCUCGCGACGACUUUUGCUCGACGCGGAUGAGACCGCGGCAGUGCUCGAUCCACUCCCUCUCGCGGUUCCACGAGAAGAUGCGGAACUCGUCCCAGGUGGUCGACGACUCCCGCGUGCCCUCCGGGUUCGGACGCAUGGUGAUGUUGAUCUCUGCAUCGACGCCUUCCUGAAUGACAAACGGCCUGCUGAUGGUGACGUCGCGGAACACGUACUUGUCGAUGCUCUGCUGCCUGUCCUUGUCCUUGUCCUGGUCCUCGGCAUCCCCGCCGCCGCCGCCGCCGCCAACGUCCUGCCUCUGUGCCGCCCCGGCCAUGACGGCCCUCUGCGCCGCCGCCUCGACCGCCAUGCUCAGGUAGCCGGCCAUCGGGUACACGAUCAUGUCCUGCAUGACGUGGCCCCUGACCCACGGCAUGUCGUCGGUGCGGAUGACGUUGCGCCAGGUCGGCUCCAGGUCGUUGGACCAGUCGGCCAGGCUGCCCACCACGUCGUUGCGCGGGAACCGGCGGAACAGGUGCUGGCGCCCGAUCCGGCUCUCGUACCAGUACCGCGUGCCGUGGUCCCACGCGUACUUGGGCAUGUCGCUGAGCACCUUGGGCGCCCGCGCCGUGGGGACGGGGAAGUUGACGGCACCCAUGUCGAGGGCCCGGCCGUGUGUGAAGAGCGCCGCCGCGAGGGAGAGCGUGGUGUCGACGGCGUCUUUGUUGCGGACCAGCGAGGCGAGGUACGUGGGUUUCUUGGAGAGCCCGUCGAUGGAUUUGAGGAUCUGCUUGGCGGGGCCUUCCAGCGCCGGGUGCGGGCCGAUCUCGACCAGCACGUCCACGUUCUCCCUGCCCUCUGCCGGGGUGCACAUCGCCGUCAGGGCUUGGGAGAACAGCACCGGCCGCGUGAGGUUCUGGACCCAGUACGAGGUGUCGAGGACGGCCAGGUCGCGCACCCGCUUGCCCUUGAGCGAAGAGUAAAACUCGACGACGUGCCGACCCUCCUUGGGCUUGAGGUCUGCUCCCUUGGGGUCCAGCGGCCCGACUGCAGCCCCGUACCAAUCCGCCACCAGCUCCAUGUGGUGCGAGUGGUAUGCCGUCUCGACCCGCACCCGCCGGUUGAAGAGCUGCUUCUCUUCCGCCAUGGCCUGCAGCUCCUCCACGGCCGCCACGUCGCCCGAGGCCGUGAUGCUGCCCGGGCUGUUGACGCACGCGACGACCACCCUCCGAGCCGGGUCGGGCGCCAUGGUCUCGAUCAUCUCCGAGACCUCAUCCGACCCGGCCCCGACCGCCAACAUGCCGCCCUCGAGGUCCGGGUGUGCCGCCUUGAGCUGCAGCACCGACUGGCCUCUAAAGUACGCGAUCGCCGCGCACUCGCGCAGCGUCAAAGCGCCGGCUGCGUACGCGGCGCCGAUCUCCCCGCUCGAGUGCCCAACCACCGCGUCCGGACGAACCCCCCAAUCCCGCAGCAGAUCCACCAGCGCCAGCUGAACGCCCGUGCAGCCGGGCUGGCUGAGGUCGGCGUCCGAGAUCCUCGACGUCCUGGCGUCCUUCUCGGCCAGCUCCUCGACGAGGCUGAAGCUGGCGCCGAGCCGGGAGAGGCAGGCGUCGAACGCCUCCAGCGAGGCGCGGAACACGGGGUACGCCGCCAUCAGCUCGCGGCCCAUGGCGUGCCACUGCGCGCCCUGGCCGGUAAACACGAAGCCGAUCCGCGGGGUCCGCGUCGACCUGAUCGGGUUGGCCGGACACGACGUGAAGCCGGAGGUCAGGGCGGUGCUGUCGGACCCCACGACGGCGUGCUUGUACGGCAGCAGAGACCGGCGCUGGCCGAGCGUGUAGGCCAUGUUGGGGAGCACGGCGCUCUGGAAGGCGAUGGGCCGCCGCUCGAUGUAGAAGGUGAUGUUGGCCAUUUGCUUGGCGAGGGCUGUUUUGCUGCUGGCCGAGACUACAAAGAGCCGCUUGGGCUCGACGUGCUUGGAUGGCGCCUGGUCGGGCUUGGGCUUUGUUGUGGGUUCGGUGGUGAUGGUGGUAGUGGCAGUGGCAGUGGCAGUGGCAGUGACAGUGGCAGGCGUGGUAGUGGCAGGCGUGGUAGUGGCAGGCGUGGCAUCGUGGAUCAUGGUAGUGGGAGCUGCAUCAGCCUCUGGACUCUGCACUUCGGCUUCGUCGCCAUUCACCACUUGCCUGAAGGGUGCUUUCUUGGUUUUGACCCUCGGCGGCGCAGCCAGCACGGCAUGUGCGUUGCCACCUCCGAAGCCGAAGCUGUUGAUGCUGAUGUACUUCUUCCCCCUCGGCCAGGGCAUGACCUUGCUGGGGAUCUUGACACCCCACUCAUCGAACGGGAUCUCCUUGUUGCCCUCUCUGAAGUCGUGGUUCGGGAGUAUGUAGCCCCUCUCCAGCAUCAUGGCAGACUUGAUCAGGCUGACGAUGCCGCUGGCGCCCUCGAGGUGUCCCACGUUGGUCUUGACGGAUCCGACCAGCAAGGGGCGCUGGGGGCUCCUGUCCUCCCAGAACAUUUCGUGCAGCGCCUUCAUCUCCAGCGGGUCGCCGACUUUUGUGCCGGUGCCGUGGGCCUCGACGUAGCCGCAGUCGCGGGGGUCGAGCCCGUUGUCGGCGUAGACCUUGCGCAUCAGGGCCAGCUGCGACUCGCCGCUGGGCAUGGUGAUGCCGUUGGUGCGGCCGUCCUGGUUCACGCCCGAGCCGACCACCAGGGCGCGGAUGUUGUCGCCGUCGCGGAGCGCAUGGGCCAGCGGCUUGAGGAUGACGACGCCGGCGCCCUCGCCGCGCCCGAAGCCGUUGGCGCGCGAGUCGAAGGCGUACGACCGCCCGUCGCCCGACAGCAGGCCGUUGGACGACAUGGCGACGAAGUGGUCGGGCAUGAGGUUGAGGUGGCUCGAGGCCAGCACCACCAGCGACGAGUCGCCGCAGCGCAGGCUCUGCAUGGCCAGGUGCAGGGCGGUCAGGCUGGACGAGCAGGCCGUCUCGACCGUGUGGCUGGGGCCGCGAAAGUCGAAAAAGUACGACACGCGGUUCGCCAUCAUGGUCGGCGCGUUGCCCGUGCUCUGGUGCAUGGGCUGCGUCUCGAGGUCGCGGAGGUUGUUGAGCUCGUAGUCGGUGAACGACCCGCCCGCGAAGCAGCCCACGUUCCUGCCCGAGACGCUGUGCAUCGGGAUCCCCGCGUUCUCCAGCGCCUCGUACGUGCACUCGAGGAUCAGCCGGUGCUGCGGGUCCAUGGCCACCGCCUCCCGCUCCGUGAUCUUGAAGAAGGGCGCGUCGAAGACCGCGACGUCUUCGCUCAGGAAGCAGCCCCCGACCGGGUUGAAGCAGCCCAGCCGGUCGGGGUUCGGGUGGUGGUAGCCUUCCUUGCUGAAGCGGUGCGCCGGGAUCCCGCUCCAUCCGCUGCGGCCGAGGCAGCACAGCUCGUAGAAGGCUUCAGGGUCAGACACGCUGCCUGGCAGGCGACAGGCCAUGCCGACGAUGGCCACGGGUUCAUACUUGGGUCCGGUUGGUGGUGGAAGCUUGCCGUGUCUUGUGUCUUGGGUGGAUGGAAUAUUGAUGGUGGGUAUCUGACUUGA